AUGGCUUUGCUUUCGCCAACCCAGGCGUGCACACCAAGCACUUUCUCGAGCGUUUCACUCUUUGGCGCCGAAGUUAUUUCAGUCGACGCAAGCAUCGUCACGAACUACAGCUUUCCCAUUCCAGAGGGCUGGCGUUAUUCUCAGCCCUCGGUCAACGUGGAAAACGCGACCUUUUGCAAUGUGACCGCGACCUAUACUCACCCGGAUCAAAACGACACAAUCUACGCUGAGGUGUGGCUCCCCCCCAACGGCUGGAAUGGCAGACUUCAGUCAAUUGGAGGUGGCGGUUGGGCAGCGGGCCGGUUUGUGCUAUCAUAUGCCGGAAUGGCUGGCGCCAUCUAUGAUGGGUACGCCACGGCGACGACGGACGCUGGUCUUGGCACUUCGUUGACUCCGGCGACUUGGCUCCUGAACAGCCCUGGAAAUUUGAAUUUUGUAGCCCUGGAUGACUUUGGACAAACGUCCUUGGGUGACUUGGCAGUCAUCGCCAAGCAGGUGAUUGAAGGCUAUUACGGACAAGCGCCCCUCUAUUCCUACUGGAAUGGCUGUUCGAAUGGUGGGAGGCAGGCCAGUAUUCUGGCUCAACAGUAUCCCGAAGCGUAUGAUGGCAUCAUUGCCGCAGCACCAGGGAUGUACUGGGCUGAGCUGAGCAUCACCUCCGUUUGGCCGGCUUUCUACAUGGACCUGACACAACAAUACCCUCUGGCGUGUGAACUGACGCAGCUAACAACACUUGCCAUCGCCGAGUGCGAUGGCCUCGAUGGUGUCAAUGACGGGCUCAUUGCAGACCCUGAAAAAUGCCGCGCUACAUUCAAGCCCGCAGACUACGUCGGUACAACUUUUACGUGUGCCGAAACAGGUCUGAACAUGCCAAUAAGUGCCGCCGCCAUCGACGUGUCGGAAAACAUUUGGAACGGACCCAGAUACUCCAAUGGUGACUUCAUGUGGUACGGAUUCGAAGUUGGAACAAACUUGUCCGAACUUGCAGCCACAACCUGCACGCAGAACAGCACAUGUAUUCCCGCCAACCGAGCCAGCCUAGACUUUUGGCAGCAAUACUUCGUUCUGAGAGACCCCUCGGCAAAUGUUACAACCCUGACUCAUCCACAAUUUGAUGAUCUGUACCGCACAUUGAAAAAGGAGCUGGCACCAAUAGCAGCCACCGAGACUCGGAUUGCCGACUUCCAGGAGGCUGGAGGUAAAAUGAUCACCUAUCAUGGGCUUGCGGAUGCGGCAAUUUCGCCAAAGAGCACACUUCACUACUACCAGGAAGUGUCCACAGUGCUUGACAAUGUCAUGGACUUCUACCUCUACUACCGUGUUCCGGGCCUUCAACACUGCUGGGGUGGCUCAGGCGGCCAGCCUAUUCAUUUAUUUGACCAACUGCGUUCAUGGGUAGAAAAUGGGACUGCACCUGACGCGAGUCCGGUCACGGUCCAGUUGCCCCAAAACGCCACGAUGGACGAGGUUCUGUGCCCCUAUCCCCAGGAGGCAUUUUAUGAAAAGUCUUGCGCGAAUGGUACCUCGUCACUUUUGUGUUGGUCGUGCAAGUAA